GGGAGCCCUUUCUAAAAUUCCAUCAUGUGCGUAAAGGGCGACUUUUCGCACGCCGGUUGCACAAAUAGCAGUUAUAAUAUUAACAACGAGUUCACAUAACAUAGAUUUCGAGAUAACUGUAAUGAUGAUUUCGUACCGAUGCCGACUUCGCCCCGGUCUCCCCUACUUUAUAAAUUUCUUUUGAUAACAUAUUGUUCUCUGGGAGAUAAGACAUAAUCAAAUGAUAGGGAUUGAGAAUAAAAAUAGGUAUAAGAUUGUCAAAUCGCCCAGUAGUUGAAUAGUCAGUGCAAUCAUGGCUGGUCGAAUACAAUUGAUAUUUCUCUUCUCAAUCGUAGCACUGGUGCUGAGCGAGCUUGCACUCAAAGAGAAAAACUUAUGUGUUACUACACGUGACGGAGAAAAAGUAGUGAUCCUUGAUGAUAAAAUUGAUGAAUUGCUACCGGUUAUACGUGAACUUAUUAUAGAAAAUGGGUUAGAUCCAGCGAAAGUACCAAAUAUGACCGAAGAUGUUUUGCCAGUAUUACCUGGAAAAUUAAAGAUCGUGGUCGAGCUUACGAAAGGAAUAUUGCAAAAUUUAUCAACAAUCAAACGUACCGAACGAAUACUUGGAAUAUACAAGAACAAAGUGCUAACGUUGGAUAUGAAUCUUGGAUUUGACGUGUUGGAUUGCAGCUACGCAUAUGCUCUCAGAGUCCUCUUGCUCGGAAGGACUGGUGAUACAUAUGGUCGUUUCUACGAUCUGGACAUUAAUAUCGUAGCGAGGAUAGAUAUGGUUAAUUAUUAUGUAUAUCUUGAUUCCCUCAAGUUUUCUGAUGUUAGAAAAUUGGACAUCAAAUUUGAGGGUCAUCUUUUAGAUCCUAUUUUAAACACUCUGACUAAAGCAGUCACAAGAGUUUUCAAAAAUCGUAUAUUGACAAUCAUUGAGAAGCGUUCCCUAGAAAUUUUCAAUGAAAAAAUCGAUGAGUGGAAUAACCAGUUUCCACGGCCAAAUUUGACUUGGAUAGGAGAUAUAGACAAUUGGAUUGAUAACUUGAAUAAGUGCUAAAAAAAUUAUACGUUCUUAUUUUUAGAACACUCUUUUCUAAAAUAGGAAACAUUCAUAAUAUCAAAAGAAUCAUUUUACUUUAAGAGAGGAAUCCUCUAAAGAGUCAGAUAUACCUAAUUCAAAAAUACAGACAAAAUGAGAAUUAUUUUUAUAUUAAUAAAAUAAAUACAUUAUUUUACAACACAAAGCAAAGAAAGACUGUAAAGAAAACAAAUGUAAUAAAUUUAGCCUACAAGUACAAGAUAUAAUAUUUGUUAAGAAAG